GCACUUUAGCGUCCAGAUCAACACACUGUUUGAUCUGGUCACUGAGAGAACUCAAUGUUGUACUUUUCACUUUGCUUACUGGGAAUAGAUAGAAGCUGACGCUCUGGUGCCUCUGGCAACUUUUGGUCUGUCAUAGUGGAUACAGACGCACAGAUCCCUUCUGGCCAAUCUGUCAAACAUAUGCAGUGAAUCUUAACUUUUUUUUUAUCCAAAUCUAAAUUUGCUCAGUCAUAUUCAGUUAUCUCUGCUUUGCAUUAAUGCACCUUUGAGGGUUAUUCUGUGGAGCUCAUCUAUACUUUUUGAAGAGCUCCUGCGAAGUUCCCACAGAAAGUUGACGUUGGCGGAUCGCAAUCCCGACUAUAUUUAUCAAAGCACAUUUUUGUAAUUAAAGAAAGAUGCCAGUUGCCCUUGGGGGGCCUCAGGGCUACACACCACCUGAGGGUGGCUGGGGAUGGCUGGUGGUGGUUGGGGCCUUUAUCUCUAUUGGCUUCUCCUAUGCUACUGCCAAGUCUAUCACUGUCUUCUUCAAGGAAAUCGAACUGAUCUUCGAUGUGUCCAGCAGCCAGGUGUCUUGGAUCUCCUCCAUUAUGCUAGCGGUCACAUACGGUGGAGGGCCUAUCAGCAGCAUUCUGGUGAACAAGUAUGGGAGCCGUCCCGUCAUGAUGAUUGGAGGACUCCUGUCCGGAUCUGGGUUUAUUGCUGCCUCUUUUUGCAACUCAAUUGAAGCACUUUAUUUCUGUGUUGGUAUAUUGGGAGGUUUGGGAUUGUCCAUGAACCUCAACCCAGCCCUCACUAUGAUCGGAAAAUAUUUCUUCAAGAGACGGCCUAUAGCUAAUGGGAUUGCCAUGGCAGGGAGCCCUGUCUUUCUCUCUACGCUGGCUCCUCUAAACACCUGGUUCUAUGACCAGUUUGGUUGGAGAGGAAGUUUUUUGAUCCUGGGUGGCCUGCUUCUCAAUUGCUGCGUGGCUGGUUCCCUAAUGCGACCAAUAGGACCAAAACCCAAACCUGCGGAAAAGACAACUGAGAGGAGGAGUGUGUUGCAAACCAUUAACAGCUUCCUGGACUUUACUUUGUUUAAGCACCGGGGAUUUUUACUCUACAUUAUAGGCAAUGUUGUCAUGUUGUUUGGUCUGUUUACACCUCUUGUGUUCCUUUCCAAUUAUGCAAAGAGUAAAGGCAUCCCCAAAGAGAAGGCAGCAUUUCUUCUGUCUGUGUUGGCUUUUGUUGACAUGGUGGCCCGGCCCUCAAUGGGCAUUGUGGCCAACACUAAAUGGAUCCGGCCCAGGAUACAGUACUUCUUUGCUAUUUCUGUCUUGUAUAACGGUGUCUGUCAUCUUCUUGCUCCAAUUUCGGUCGACUACAAAGGCUUUGUCAUUUAUUCCAUCUUCUUUGGAUUUGCCUUUGGCUGGCUAAGUGCAGUGCUGUUUGAGACCUUGAUGGAUCUGGUUGGAACCCAGCGCUUUUCAAGUGCUGUUGGCCUGGUCACUAUUAUGGAGUGUGCUCCUGUUUUGUUAGGGCCCCCAUUGCUUGGAAAGUUCAAAGACAUCUACCACGAUUACAAGUAUACAUACCAAGGGUGUGGGAUUGUUCUCGUCGUCUCCAGUGUCUUCCUGUUUGUUGCCAUGGGAAUUAACUAUCGCCUGCUGGAUAAAGAGAAAAAAGAGGAGGAGAGGAAGGUCAGGAUGGGAGUUGGACCGCCAAAUCCCAGCAGGGAUAACUCUGCCAAAGAGGUUGGAGAAGUUAAGAACAGUGAGGACGCUGUCUAGUGGUCUAAUACAUACCUGCUUGCAUUUUCUAAUGCAAUCUCAUGUUGUUCAAAGAUGUUUUUAAACCCUCUGUGAAAUACUGUACAUCAACAGUUCUUUGGUUCAAUGCUGUAUUUGAAUGGUGCCAGUGAAAUCACAGACCCAUUCGCGAAGAAACAAUAUAACAAUAAUAAACAAUUUAAAUAUUUACUAAUUUUUAAAAGCCCUUUAAACUAUGAUAAGCAUUCAACUUGAAAUACCUCUUAUAUACAGAUAUUGGUAUUUACAUUUACUUGUACUUUAAUAUUAGGUGAUAGAUAAUAUGGCUUUAAUAUAUAAUCAGGGAUUAUUACUAACCUUUUUAACUGUAUGUAAGCAUAUAUGCAUGUGGUAUUUUAAUUAUGUACCGGAGCUACAGCAGAGCAUUAUAUUUCAAAAGAUAGAUAUUUUCUGAGUGGACCUGAUGCUGUUUAUUUUUUUUUUUAGAUUUGCAGGUCAUUACUGCACUAUUCUAACUUUAUUUAUUCCAAAAAUAUAUUGAAGCAACAUUCAGUUUCCUUUGUAAACACGUUUUUGUAAUAUAAUAUGAUUUAUUUUGAAGUUAAUGAAAUCUUUACGGGCUGCAUUGUUUGCAAAGUGAUAGGAAUAUGUGGCCCAACUGCAGUUUGCUGUAUUUUUCUGUGUAUAUGGGAGCUGUGUUGGAGAGACAAAUAAAGAUCAAUUUAACAAAAA